AUGACUGACCUUACACCGACGCUGAACUCAAUCCUGUCGAGUAAACAUGCCUGCUCCAUCCCGCCACCAACAGCUCGAACUCCCUCCACAGAGGUCGCAGACGAGUUCCUCAAGGAGGCCCAUCGCAUAAACUCCCACAUUGCCUCCCUUCUCAAGUAUCUCCAUUCGAUCCGCCAUGCCUACCUCUCCAUCGCAGCUCCCACACGUCGCCAGACGACCAAAGAUCAGCUAGCGGGCUCGACACCCUCCUCCUCUCCUUUCUCACCAACUAGAACCCCGGCCACAGCCAAUCCCCAUACACACCUCACCGAUCCAGAACGCGAUGCAAUCGAUUCCUCAACGGCCCUCCUCCUCCGCGACCUCGCCACCUCCAUCGCGAACCUCUCUUCUGCGGAAAAUCUCCGCCAAGAAACGGCCGCAUCGAUACUGCGCAAGAAGUACGGCCACAGUGCCGCAGGCGCAUUACUUUGGCGCUGGGCCGGCGGGGGCAGCGCACUCGACGAAGCCAGUGCGGAGGGGAAAUCUGCGGAGCAAAUCGAUGCAGAAGAGCGCGCCAAGACGCUGGCGGGGGUGAGGGAGGGAGUGCUGUGGUUCUUGAGAAGGGGGUUGGACAGCGUGGCGGGGGUACAGAGGGAAAUGGUGGAAAAAAGGAUUGAGAGGGUUCGGGAGAAGGAGAAGAGUAUUUUAUACAAGGCUGCACAUAGCGGUGCGCAUAUGGGUGCUGGUGCCAGCGGUGAUGCCUUUUCUUCGACGAGUGGACCAGCAGGGUCAGGGUCAGGGUCGGCGUCAAAUCCAGCGUAUGGAUCUUUGGAUCCGUCAAUACAAGCGCCCGACGCAACAACGUUGAGCGAAGCCGAGACAGCACGAAUCGAGGCUCAAUUGUCUCCGGAGCAAUUGCAACUCUUUGCCGAGGAGAAUGAUACGAUGCUGAAGCAUUAUGAGGAUACGCUGGGAAAAGUACAAAAUGCCGAAAAAUCACUAUUAGAAAUAUCCUCUCUCCAAGAAACCCUCGUCUCGCAUCUCUCCACACAAGAAGAGUACAUCUCCCAAUUGAUCAGUGACGUGGACACCACCCAGAGCAACGUCGGGCGUGGUAACAAGGAACUCAAACGGGCCACCGAGCGCCGCAGUACUGCGCAGGCUGUCUUUUGGGGAACCGUGGGAUUAUGUACAUGGUUGGUAGUGUGGGAUCUGGUGUUUUAA